AUAUAUAUACCAUUGUCUCUCUUCAUCUACCAUCAUACCAUUACCAUCUCUGUAUUCAUCAUCAUCUGAUUUCAUCACAGUUCUAAGAUUUAAGUGUUUCUGUUAUUUCCAUUGUUCUUUAGUUUUACAUUUUAAGGUUUUGUUUCAAGAGAUUUAGAAGAAGAAGAAAAAAUGUUGGCAAUAUUUGACAAAGAGUUGGCAAAUGCACCAAAAGAAUUGAACAGUCCAGCAUCAAUGAUGCCUGGAUCUAAGAAACCAAAACUCCCUCAGGAGAUUCUAUCUUUACAUGAUCCAAAUCACGAUGGAUUCCAGAUGAAUUUUGGCAAUGCUGCUACUCUUGCUUACCUCCCCAAAGAUGGUGAUGCUCACUUCUCUGUUCAUCAAAGGUUGUUCUGUGGUUUGGAUGACAUUUACUGUUUAUUCUUGGGGAGUUUGAACAAUCUGUGCUCACUGAAGAAGCAAUAUGGUCUCACAUCAAAAGGGAUCAAUGAGGCAAUGUUUGUGAUUGAAGCAUACAGGACAUUGAGAGACAGAGGUCCAUACCCAGCAGAUCAAGUUGUCAAAGAUCUUGAAGGAAGUUUUUCGUUCAUCAUCUAUGACAACAAGUCUAAGACUGUGUUUGUGUCACUGAGCUCAGAUGGUGGGAUCAAGUUGUACUGGGGUAUUGCAGCUGAUGGUUCUAUUGUGAUUUGUGAUAAUCUUGAGGUUAUUAAAGGGAGCUGUGCUAAAUCUUUUGCACCAUUCCCAGUUGGGUGUAUGUUUCACAGUGAAGGUGGCUUGAAGAAUUAUGAACAUCCUAUAAACAAGAUGAAGGCAAUGCCAAGAGUUGACAGUGAAGGUGUCAUGUGUGGUGCUAGUUUCAAUGUGGAUUCCCAUGCUAAAAUUCAUAGCAUGCCUAGAGUUGGUAGUGAAGCUAACUGGUCUGCUGCUUGGGAAUCACAUUGAGCCUGACUCUUAUCAUAUUUCUUUGGUUUUUAUUAACUAAUGUCAAUUAGUGUUCUGAGUCUUUGUUUUAUGUUUUAGUUUCGGCUUGUCUGUUCAAUGUCAAUGUACAGUUAUGAUUUUGUCAUAAAUAAAUUGAAAUCUUUUUCAAACCA